AAUACCAUGUCAGAGUAUAUAAACUAAUAGCUUGCAUGAAAUUUCAUCUCAGUUUGCGAAAACCGAGCUGGUUAGCAACAUGAUGGUGACAACGUUGACCCUUUUUGCUCUUUUCGCCCUCUCCAAUGGUGGAUUGGUGCCGAAAUACGAUCCAAGGAUCGUAAAUGGGGAGAGCGCUAAAGAAGGAGAAAUCCCAUAUCAAGUAUCACUUCAAAACAAAGAAUCUUCGUUCCACUUUUGCGGCGGCUCCGUUCUUAAUGAAAAUUACGUCAUUACGGCAGCUCAUUGUACCGUGGAGAAAUCGCCAAAAGAAAUCAAGGUUGUAGCAGGCACGAUUAAUCUCUCAGAAGGAGGUUCCGAACACUUGGUUGAGAAAAUCAUCAUCCACGAAAACUAUGCUGCUUCGGAUUCUUGGAAAAACGAUAUUUCAUUGAUCAAGGUCAAGACACCAUUCGUAAAAUCGAAGGUGCUUUCUUUCGUUCCCCUUCCAUCGCCAGAUGAUAUUCUUCAGGCUAAUGAUGUGGCAACAGUUUCUGGAUGGGGUAGACUUUGGCAAGGUGGUCCUACGACUAUUUUCCUGCAACGCGCAAACAUCUUGAUUGCUGAUCAAGAAUACUGUAAAUUGAUGUACAGUAAACAAUAUAAACACAUCUACGACUCGCAUCUUUGUGCAUACGACCCAAGUGUUAAAAAGGGAUCAUGCCACGGUGACUCUGGUGGCCCCUUGACCGUCAACGGAAAACUCGUUGGUCUCGUUUCUUGGGCAAUGGGCUGUGCCCUCACUGACUACCCAACUGUCUACACCCGUGUGACGUCUCAUCUUAAUUGGAUAGAAACACACGCUGUGUAAAGCCAGCAAGUGAAACGUGAACUGGAAGUCGAAGUAAAACACACAAGCACGAAAUUCGAAUAUCUCUUUCCAUACAGGCCAAAGUAUCUUAACGUUUUAAGGACUGAAAAUAUUGUAACCUGCAUUUAAUACUGUAUUUUGUACAUUUAAUUGACAAAUAAAACAAAUCGUUUAUUU